UUAUAGACAAAUGCAAUUGAUUAGAGAUUCUUUGAUUGAUAGAGAGAUUCCACAAAAGAUUCUCUAAAAUUCCUCUUUCUCCCCAUUUGUGAGCUUACUUCUUGGAUGAUGAUGGCACCUUCUUCUCUGGAGCUGGGAGAUUGAUGUAGGCUGCUAUGGCCGCCGCUGGCACGAUGAUCGCCAUCGCAUUCGCCGCCUUGUGGAGCGCAGCCGCGGCAUUCAUCCUUGCUCACAAACCCUAGAUUCGUGUUUUUAGGGUUCUUGGCAGCGAUGGCGAUGAUAUUUCGUGUUGGCGGGCAGCUCCAGCUCCAGCUCUCCGUGCUUCACAGCAGCGACAGGAAUGUACGAUCGCGAGGGAUUCGUAUGUGCUGCCGCUGUCGUGCAGCGAGGGAUCGGGCACAUUUCGACGACGACGACAAUGAUGGAGCGAAAGAUUUCUCCGUGCCAGGCAAGCGCUUUGUUUGGAUGAAAAGAUUUUGGACUGACGAGACCAAGUGUUUCCUCGUGGCGCUGCUGCUGGCAUUCGCUGUGAGGCGCCUGGUUGCGGAGCCAAGGCGAAUCCAAUCGCUGUCCAUGUUCCCCAGCCUAGACGUUGGAGAUCACAUUUUUGUCGACAAGGUAACUUAUCGUUUUAGGAAACCAGAGGUGAACGAAAUUGUUUUGUUCAAAGGCCCUGCUGCGCUGAUCGAGGAUUUUGGCUCCAGAGCAGUUUUUGUCAAGAGGAUUGUUGCAAUGCCUGGAGAUUUCGUGGAGGUUUCUGAUGGCUCACUGCGAGUGAAUGGAGCUUGCAGAGAAGAAGCCUUCAUUCUGGAACCACACAAGUACGAGAUGAAGCGAAGGCAAGUCCCCAAGGGGUGUGUGUUCGUCUUGGGUGACAAUCGCAACCUCAGCAAUGACUCGCAUGUCUGGGGACCUCUUCCUUUGAAGAACAUCAUGGGAAGAUCUGCUGGCCGCUUCUGGCCGCCCUUCCCACACAAGUAUUCGAAGUUACACAUUAAUAGAACAUCUCCACAUCUAAAACCUUAAAAAU